AUGACAGUUGGCGUUGCGUCAGCAAGCCGGUUUUUCGUCUGUCAGCAGGUCAUCUUAGCUCAACUAUUCUGCUCUCGCUACGGCGAAGUACAACUCGAAGCCGUAGCUGGAAGGACUUCUUCGUUGCAGAGCGACGUGAGUUCGGCCCCCGGGAGGGAGGAGACACGAACACCCGACGUGAGUGUCGUCCUUCAACUGCCCAAACAGAGGACUGGAAUGGUUCCUGACAUUUUGGAAGUUUAUACUACCGGGUUUUACGAGAGUUUAGCCCAAAUCGUCUCCUGCCCCAAGGAACAGGAGGGAGUCAUGGUGUCCUCUUUACACGUCUCCGGGCAGGCUGAAGGAUCUACCAUUGCUUUGGUUGACUUGAUUGGUGCAACUAGCGGAAUGAGAGGGAAAAGCGGACGAACAGAGCCAAAAUGA